GGCUCCUCAGGUGGGUCUGCUGCACCAAGUGGCAGGGUCUUUUGGUAUCACCUGAAAAUGAUCCAGAUUUUGAUGGGGCCCUUAUGUGUUCCACGGGCGCACACCUGCUGUGCUGCCAGGAAGCACAAGUGGAUCUUGGGAGUCCUUAUGCUGCUCCUUCACCUGUCUGUGGGGCAAGAUACAGCCAUACAAUAUGCACAAACUAUGUUUAUUUAUGAGAAUGCGACAGUGGGCACCUUACUAGGUACUGUCAAUGGCACUAGGUAUGGCCCCCCCUACUCUCCGAUGCCUGGCCCCCCUGAGGUGGACAACAAAACCAGCAGUAAGUUCAACAUCGAAUUUUCUACAGGGAGGAUAACCACGAAAGCAGAAUUGAACCGCGAAGAGGUGGACAGAUACACAAUCAUUUUAAUGAUGACACCUGUUAAUCAGGCUGUUGUGGUGACAGUUCAGGUCCUGGACAUCAACGACAACAGUCCGACUUUUCCCAGUUCAACAAUCAACAUCAAUAUCUCUGAGUCUGCCCCUCUGAAUCAUAAAAUUCCGCUUGGCAGCGUCAGGGAUGAGGAUCUGGGCGAUAAUUCAACCCAGCGGGUAGAAAUCAUAUCCGGUAAUGAAAAAAAUCACUUCGCCAUCCAGGUUAAAAAUAGCAGCAGUGUGGAUAAAAUAAUAGAUUUAGUAGUGAAUACAAACCAGUUGGACUAUGAGGAGAUAUCAUCCUACCGUAUUAUCAUUAAAGCAACGGAUGGAGGAGGGCGUUCCUCUACCAUGACAGUCAAUAUUAACAUACUGGAUCAGAAUGACAAUGAGCCCAUCUUCAAUAUAAGUAAAUACUCGGUCAAGGUCACAGAAAAUGCAACUGUUGGAACCGGAAUCAUCAAGGUUUUUGCAACUGACAGGGACUCUGGUGAGUACGGAAGGAUAACAUAUUCGAUUGACCCCAAAACUGAUCCGGAGGAGUACUUCACAAUCGAUCCCGCCACGGGUUGGGUCAGUGUGAAUAAACCUUUAGAUUAUGAAAAACACAACAGGUACCUGCUGACGCUGGAGGCUCGAGACAAUGGCAGCCCACCCCAGGUCGGGACAGCUGGGCUGGAUGUGAUUGUCGAGAACGUCAACGAGCAGGCGGCAAACAUCACCGUAGAGUUCCUUGAGCUGUUUAAGAAUGGAUACAUUUUGGAAAGCACUCUCGCCAGCACAAAGAUCGCUGUGGUCAAAGUGGAGGACCAGAAUACUAAUAUCAACAACAAAGUGGUGAUCACUUUGUACGGCGGUCAGUGCUGUUUCACGGUUCGCAAUGGGACUUUGCUCAUGAAUGGUUCUCUGGAUAGAGAGAGGCAGGCCAGUUAUGAGCUGUCCCUACAGGUCACUGGCAUCGAAAACACACAGCUUAGAGCUACUAAAGAGCUUAGGAUUACCAUUGGGGAUGUGAACGACAACGCCCCAGUCUUUGAGAAGUCUCAAUAUGAAAUUGACAUCGACGAGUCUGUUGAGAUUGGGAUGGAAGUGCUGACAGUGUCUGCGACGGACGCUGACAGUGGAUACAAUGCCCGGAUUACCUACACCCUGCAGGAUAACUCGCAGGACAUGGGAUGGUUCAGUGUGGAUUCUAGCACGGGGAAAAUCUACACCAAGGCGAUGCUCGACUGCGAGGUGAAUCAGCAUCCAGUGUUGGUCGUGGUGGCCACCGACGGGGGCGACCCGCCGAUAGUGGCCGCCGCUCAGGUCAAGGUCAAUGUCAGGGAUGUCAAUGAUAAGGAGCCGGAGUUUAUUACCAGUUUCUAUAGUACCAAAGUGGCGGAAAACAGGAGGAUAGGCGAUUGUAUACUUACUGUG